AUGUCUUCUGUCAACAGCGACAAUUUCCUGGCCGUCGCGCUUGUCAUAAACCGCUCUCGUGAUGGUCCCGCCUUUGUCUUCCACUAUCCAGAGCAGGUGCAGCCCACAUCCAAUGCCACCGAGCAGCCUGAUCCAAAUGAAAUGGAGGACAUUCUUCUCGAGCGACUGUCACAGCCGGCGGACCGCGACGGCGUAGCUGGUACUGACAGUGACGAUUUGCCCCCCAGGUACUGGAAACAUGACGAGCAUAUCAUGACCGACUCUGGCUCACAAAUUGUCCCCUGGGAGCAUGUCGCGGGUUUCCCUGCGCGGGAUCUAGCCAGCAUUUUAACACCAGCUCGAGCUUAUCACAAGACCCAGUUCCAGCUCUCCCUGGACCCUCUCUACUGCGUGUCAUAUCCUGUCCAUGUACCUGAAAAUGGUAAGUGGAAAAAGGCCAAGAAAGUCGAUAAAGAUGGCGGCAGCUCCAAAGCUGGCAAUGAGCGAACUGCUCCCCAAGAACCAGAGAGCGCCUCUAGUAAGCCUGAGGAGGCUCCCAAGGACAAAGACGGGAAGAAUGCCAGGGAUGAAUCAGACGAGGAGAAACGCAGCUCCAUGACCAUGUUUAAUCUAGUAUUCAUCCUUCAGCCCAGAAAGCAUGAUAUCAAGGGCCUCGUGGAUACCCUUUACUCCAACAUUGUAAAGAAAGCCAACAAGGCAUACAUGUAUAGCCAGCAGCACAGUGAUUUUGUUUGGAAGGAAUCCAAACGUAUCCUCGCCGCCAAGGAGAAAGCCCGUGAGGAACAGAAGAAGAUGAGCGUUCUUUGGAAAGAAAUCCUCCACAGCUCAUCUCUGGCGGCAUCCAUGCACGACAUUUACGAGGCAGUCUCUCAGAACAGAAUUGCCGCUCUCCAUCUCGACACCGCCGAUGGGGUUUUGACCCCUUCCUUCCAGAUCCCCAUCCCAUUCUAUGUGCCUGACAUCCCUCAAGAUACUGAUCAAGAUCAACGCGGGCUUUGGCUCACAUCAGCAAACGCCUUCCUGAGCCAGGAUGCGAUUGAGGAACCGGGGUUUCUGGACCGUAACUUCGCACUGCUUCUCAUGGACGACGAGAAGAAGAUUAUUUCUGAACUUCAGGCUGAUCCGGAUAUGACAACGGUGUCUAUGGUCGAGUUUGUUCGCUUGUCGAAGCCCACAAUGUCUUUCUAUCAAGUUGCACAGAGCAAUGUCUUAACCCUCAAUCAAGUUCGCGAGUACGCUCAGCACUUCAUUUUCUGGCGCCGCGCUAUCGCCAUCCCACCACUUCAUGCUCGGGACGUCUAUAUUGUCUCGCCAAACUGCGACCCUCGCCGCCUACCCCAGGAUAGCAUUGAAUGGCAGCGUCUCUUCCCCGUUGCCCCCCCCUUGCCCAACUUCCUCAGCGAGCUCUCACAGAGCCCCCGGCCAUACAAGCACUUCUCCCCCAGCAAGGCCCAUCGCCCCUCAUUCCUCCUCAUGCUGGCGUGGCUCAUGCGCCGUGGCUGGGUCACACAGCUAUGCACCUUUGCCUACGUCAUAGUCUGGCCAGAGAUUAUAUACGAAGUCGAUUACGAGAUGGAAGCUGAGGAACUAGCCGCGGCCCGCGAGAAAGCCGCUUCUGAGGCAGCUGAACAUGAGGACCCGUCACAUCACCAACGCCGCCACUCCAAAGACCAAGUCCCCGCCACCCCCUUGUCGGCCGAACCUGUCUCAGAAGCCAGCUCACCCACCACAGCCACCGACUCUCAGCCCCCGACGACCGCUGAACACGCGGCUGAAAUGGCACGUCUCGAACGCAUCGCAGCCAAGGCGCACCACGAGGCCACGGAGAAAGCCAUCGCGCACGGCCGCAAGUUUGUCCCAAUUGCCACUGCCCACCCGUCACUCAACGAUGCCCUUCACCUCAAGGGCAUCACGCCUCACAUUAUCCUUGAUGCCAAGAAAGCCACGGGACUGGAGUCCCGCUAUUUAUCUGCCAUAUCCUCGCGGUUCAAGGACGAAAAGCUCAAGGGCGCGUGGCAGACCUUCUGUAGGUACUUUGAUGGGAGGUGUGCUUUGGAGAGGAUCGCGUUGCAGGAGGAUAUGAAGCGAAAAGAGGCCUGGAACCAACUCACGGCAAUGACCGAGUAUAUUUUGUGUACAAGACACUGGUAA